ACCGAAGCUUUGUGUGAAUGUCACAAAAAUGCUUGGAAAUCGUGAGAGGAACUAUGACGACUUACAUUUCCCCUUUUGUGAUGAAGUCAGCAAAUAUGAGAAGCUCGACAAGAUUGGCCAAGGGACGUUCGGGGAGGUUUUUAAAGCCCGUCAUAAGAAAACAAAGAAAGUUGUGGCUCUGAAGAAAGUUCUGAUGGAUAAUGAGAAAGAAGGGUUUCCAAUCACGGCACUAAGAGAAAUCAAGAUUCUUCAACAGCUAAAGCAUGACAAUGUUGUUAAGUUGAAUGAAAUUUGUCGCACUAAACCAUCAGCAUAUAAUCGGUAUCGCUCAACUUUCUAUUUGGUGUUUGACUUCUGUGAACAUGACCUGGCUGGGUUAUUGUCCAACUACAAUGUAAAAUUCAGCCUUGGGGAGAUAAAGAGGGUAAUGCAACAGCUUUUAGAAGGCUUAUUUUACAUCCACAGUUGUAAGAUUCUACAUCGUGACAUGAAAGCAGCAAAUGUGCUCAUUACCAAAUCAGGGACUCUGAAGCUUGCUGACUUCGGUCUUGCCAGAGCUUUUUCCCAGCGAAACGGUCAGCCUAACAGGUAUACCAACCGAGUUGUGACACUAUGGUAUCGGCCGCCUGAGUUGUUACUCGGGGAGAGAAACUAUGGGCCUCCUAUUGAUCUCUGGGGUGCAGGUUGCAUUAUGGCAGAGAUGUGGACUCGCACUCCAAUAAUGCAGGGAAGUACAGAACAGCAUCAGCUCAAUUUGAUAUCUCAGUUAUGUGGGUCAAUAACUCCUGAGGUUUGGCCGGGUGUUGAAAACCUUCCGCUUUACUCUACAAUGGAACUUGCCAAGAACCACAAACGGAAGGUUAAGGACAGAUUAAAGCCUUAUGUUCGAGACCCACACGCAUGUGACCUUAUUGACAAAAUGCUGACUCUUGAUCCCUCAAAAAGAAUUGAUGCUGAUACAGCUUUAAAUCAUGACUUCUUCUGGAUGGAUCCUGUGCCUAGUGACCUGGGAAAGAUGCUGUCCCAUCACACCCACAGCAUGUUUGAAUUCUUGGCACCUCCCCGUCGUGGGAGACAACAGCAGCAACAGCAGCAACAACAGCAGCAGCAACAGCAACAGGCACCAACAGCCCAUGCCUCCCAACAGCCCCAGACAUCACAGUCGUCAGCCCAAGGCGGUUCUAGAAGAGCAGGUCAUAGGCCAUCAGGCUCCUCUAGUGUUGCUAGUAUGUCUUCGUGUCCAGAGAGAAUAUUUUAGUUUUGUGUGUUUUCAAAAACACAGCAUUAUCCACAAAAAGACAGCAUUGGAGAGAAUUAAUAUCUUUUCAUAUUGCAGGAAGAACAAAAGGUAUUUUCAUUAAAAAAGAAAAUAUGAAUGUUUUUAAUUACAGAUCUGUAUUUUUUUAUUAGGUUGAUACAAAUCAGGUAAUCCGAAUACAGUUUCCUGAUACUCAUUUUUUACGAAAGGGAAUUUUCUAUUAUAACAAAAUGUGUUUGUUGAAACCAGUGGGAAAUUAUGAAAUAUUUGCAUUAUUAUGAUAUGCCAAGAAUUAGGUUUAAACGUAAUUAGUGUCUUAAUGAUUUUGUAUGUUUUUUACCGUAUGUUUUUAUUUCUUUACUACUAAUUUUCUUUACAGAUGUACAUUUACUUAUAUGUCUGUUGUAGAGGCAGCAGUUAUUGAAUAUAUGUAUAGCAUAUUUAUAUUCAAAUAGCCUAUAAAUUAAUUCUACCAAUUCCUCUGUCUUUUAGAAAUCAGUAUACCAUAAACCAUUUGAAAUCCAUUGGUGCAAUAUUUGCUAAUUUGGAUUUUUGUUUCACUCCUUCAUUAAAUGUAAAAUAUGGUUUUACAUUAUAGUACUGUACAGUAGAUAUGACUAUUUAUUAUAGUAUGUUAUUGAUUCUAAAAUCCUGUAUAGUAUUACCGUACCUGGUCUUUUUAGGUUUGUCCCUCACUUUUUUGUGGCUAGCAAUGUUACCGCAUUGUUCUACUUACCAGAGUCAGUAUUAUGAUGAUUAAGAAACUAUUGGAUUACUUUUACUACUUAAAUUAGGAUUCCGUGCUAUAUGAUGCAUAAAAAGCAAAUGUAAGAGCCACAAAUUUUACCUGGAAUUCCCUGCUAUGAUUUUACACAUAUCUCUGGAAGAUGCCAGAUGGUGAUGACAAUAUAUCACUAUUGUUUAGGUUCAUUUGUGUGGUUUUGACCCAAUAACGUGUUACCUGUGUAUUAAUGUGGAUCUUAGGAAAGAAGGCGAGGAUUCACUCUAGUCAGUAAGCAGUUGAUACAUAGCUAUGCCUAUAAGAGUACAAAAAUACUUUUAUGUUUUUAUAAGACUGUUUUUGAGUAAUUUAGAACAAGGGCAAUACUCGGAGAACAUUUAUUUUUUGUCUUUGGAAGGAUUCUAAUAUGCAUAUGUUUUAUAUGAAAGAUUUUACUUUGGUAUUAUUACAUAUGCAUAUUUAAUUUUAUUUUCUAAAUAUAGAUAUAUAUAUCUGUAAAUAAUUAGUAUGUCAUGUUGAAGAAUGAGAAGUGUUGAGAUAUUUGCACCUAAAAACUACUGCAUUUCACAUUUUCUCAAUUUACUUGGCUUUCUUUUUCUUUCCAUCUGUCUGUCUUUCUUUUUCACAUUAUAGUUUAUAAUUUUUUGAAGAAGUACAUUUUACUUAGCCCAUUGGCCACAGGUAAUGAACUGUCCACUAUUUUUCUUUUUUUUUUUGUGAAAUUAGUUGCAAACAGCUGGCUCCACAAGUACUCAGCCACCAAUGACUCGAAGUAGUAGGCUGUACAUGAUUUCUCCCGAUUUUCCCAUUCCUUAUAUUUUUGGGAUUUUUUUUUCCCUAUUGCUAUUAAUAUUGAUACUGUUAUUAUUGUUAUUGAUAUAAUGUUAUUAAAAUACCAAAAGCAAUAAAGAAGAAUCUUUCUGAAAAUUUUGGAAAAAUGGAAACCAGUGAGAUAAGCAUUGCUAGUUAUUGUCUCGUUAGUGACUAAGCGCUUGUGGAGCCAUCUAUGUGUAAACCUAAUUAAUAAACUAAAAUUACAGUGGACAUGGCAUGUGUCAUGUCAUUCUAGUACAAUGGGUUAAUUUUCUGAGAUAUCUGUGAGCUACCCCUUAAACCAAAGAGAAAAUAGAUAUGGAGACAUAGUUAUACAUACCUUUAUUUCACUGUAAUUCAUACAUAAUUAGUAAGGUAGUUAUGAUUCAUAGUUCGAGAUAGAAAAUUGAUAGAAAGCAGACCUGGCAGACAGUUGCCAGUAUUAAAGGACUUAAAUGAUUAGUGGAUGGAAGUGUCAGCAAAUACGUUUUCUAUAUUUAGUGUAGGGGAUAGGUUUAGAAAUACGAGCAAGAUUUAAAGGUUUAGAUAAUCAUUUGUAGUUGGGAAAUGCAAUCAGUAAAUCUAAAGUGAAGCACUAACAUGGAAACAGUUGUUUAAUAUGAACACUAUAGUAUUUUGAGGCAUAUUUUCAUAUGUUAGGUAUAGUGUGUUCAGUCGUUUAGAUGUAUUGGGCAUCUCAAGUUUUAUAUGCUUUACACUUUGAGAUAAAGUAGUAUAUACAAAAAUGAUUAGUGACAGCAAAUCCACGAAAUUAAGCUGUAAAGAUUUUUUUGAAUAAUUAUAGGGAAAAAAUAAUUAAUGAAGACUAAUAUGUCCUCUUUUAAAAAAGGGAGAUUGAAACCCCUUCCUCUCCUACAAAAAAAAAAAAGUUAGGAUAAAAUCCUACCAGACCCAGUAAUAGGAAAAAAAAUUGUAAGUACAGUUUAAUUAUUUAUUUUUUGUAUAGAACAGUAGAUCAUCCUGACAAGUCCAUUCAAGAAUCUUGUUUAAGGCAUUAUUUUCCCAGUGAUAUCUGAUUCAUAAAGUUUUCAGAAGUAGAUAGGUACAUUCUCUUUGGUUCAAUGGGGCCAUUGUUGUGUGUUAAGCCAGAAUGCACACGGGAAAAGACAGAAUCUUCAAUUAUUUCAUAUUUUUUUACGAAAAGGCUUGUCUUAGAAUUGGCGUACAAGAGAAAUUUAUUGGUUAUAUAUAUUUUUUUGACAUGUCACUGAUGAUUUUCAGUGAAUUUUUUUUUUUCCUCCUCUUUUUUUUUUUUUUUUUAAGAUUAUUAAAUCCUUACAGGUGUGGAAAUCAGUUGAUGUGUUUAACUGUAAUUCAUAAUUAUUUAUUACAUUAUGAUUAUAGCUUUGCAAUGUAAAGAAGUUUGUCAUAUGAGCAUAUACCCCUCUCAGGGAGUAGAAACAAAUUACAAAAGCUUUGAAGAUGAAAGCUAAUACAGUACUUUGAAGGUGUCCCACAGAAAUAGUUUUCUGUAAAUACGUUAGAGUUCACUCUAAUAUUCACAGAUAUUAUUUUUUCCAUGACAGCUACUCUGCCACAUUUGUAAAGCAAGUCCUUCUCUUCCUUGGCAGGUAUAUUCUUCAAGAGUUGUUAUGUUAAUUGACAAAAAUUCAAUGAUAUGUAUACAGUUUCAUUGGUGUAUAACAUUUUAUUUCAAAAUGUUUAUGUUUGUACAAGUCUUUCUUUAGAUCUGGUUUAGUUAGAUGGAAAUUUUUAGUUUUUGUUUCUUUGAAUACAAGGGAUCUCAUUAUCUAAAUUAUUUUGAAAGCAAUCAAAAUGUAAUACAGGCACAGAUCUA